GUCUAGUGAAUAAAUCUAGUUCAGGAAGAGAAACAAUGACCCGCAGGCCUAGGUGGGUCUCUGGAGGUGGAAACCUCUUUUGCAUUGGGUUUUGAUGGUUAAGGGUAGUACAAUAAAGGGCAUUCUGAUCAGGCUAACAAACGCUGCUCCCAGGGUAGGAGUCCUCGCCCACCUCGCCCACCUCGGGAACCUCAGCCUCCACUUUCCAUGCCACCUGUGCCCAUACAGGGCGUUGGAACCCCACAAGGCACUUUUGUCUUUCUUGGUUCCCACUGAAGAUUUUACCCCACCUAACCCUUCGACGCGUCUGUGCGCGGGGCCAUUUCCAAUAUGGCAGUAGCCCCGCGACUGUUUGGGGGGCUCUGCUUCCGUUUCCGGGACCAGAAUCCGGAAGUGGCUGUUGAGGGGCGUCUUCCAAUCUCGCACAGCUGCGUUGGCUGUAGAGGAGAACGGACAGCGAUGGCGACGGUCGCAGCAAAUCCAGCUGCUGCUGCGGCGGCUGUGGCGGCGGCGGUGGCGGUGGCUGAGGAUAGAGAGCCACAGCGCGAGGAGCUGCCAGGCCUAGACAGCCAGUGGCGCCAGAUAGAAAACGGCGAGAGUGGGCGAGAACGUCCACUGCGGGCCGGCGAAAGCUGGUUCCUUGUGGAGAAGCACUGGUAUAAGCAGUGGGAGGCAUACGUGCAGGGAGGGGACCAGGACUCCAGCACCUUUCCUGGCUGCAUCAACAAUGCCACACUCUUUCAAGAUGAGAUAAACUGGCGCCUCAAGGAGGGACUGGUGGAGGGCGAGGAUUAUGUGCUGCUCCCAGCAGCUGCUUGGCAUUACCUGGUCAGCUGGUAUGGUCUAGAGCAUGGCCAGCCACCCAUUGAACGCAAGGUCAUAGAGCUGCCCAACAUCCAGAAGGUCGAAGUGUACCCAGUAGAACUGCUGCUUGUCCGGCACAAUGAUUUGGGCAGAUCUCACACUGUUCAGUUCAGCCAUACUGAUUCUAUUGGCAUGGUAUUGCGCACAGCUCGGGAGCGGUUUCUGGUGGAGCCCCAGGAAGACACACGGCUUUGGGCCAAGAACUCAGAAGGCUCUUUGGAUAGGUUGUAUGACACACACAUCACGGUUCUUGAUGCGGCCCUUGAGACUGGGCAGUUGAUCAUCAUGGAGACCCGCAAGAAAGAUGGCACUUGGCCCAGCGCACAGCUGCAUGUCAUGAACAAGCACAUGUCGGAAGAGGAUGAGGACUUCAAGGGCCAGCCAGGCAUCUGUGGCCUCACCAAUCUGGGCAACACGUGCUUCAUGAACUCGGCCCUGCAGUGCCUCAGCAACGUGCCACAGCUCACCGAGUAUUUCCUCAACAACUGCUACCUGGAGGAGCUCAACUUCCGCAACCCACUGGGCAUGAAGGGUGAGAUUGCAGAGGCCUAUGCAGACCUGGUGAAGCAGGCAUGGUCUGGCCACCACCGCUCCAUCGUGCCACAUGUGUUCAAGAACAAGGUCGGCCAUUUUGCGUCCCAAUUUCUGGGCUACCAGCAGCAUGACUCUCAGGAGUUGCUGUCAUUCCUCCUGGACGGGCUGCAUGAGGACCUUAAUCGGGUGAAGAAAAAGGAGUAUGUGGAGCUGUGUGAUGCUGCUGGGCGACCGGAUCAGGAGGUGGCACAGGAGGCGUGGCAAAACCACAAACGGCGGAACGAUUCUGUGAUCGUGGACACUUUCCAUGGCCUCUUCAAGUCCACGCUGGUGUGCCCCGAUUGUGGCAACGUAUCUGUGACCUUCGACCCCUUCUGCUACCUCAGUGUUCCACUGCCUAUCAGCCACAAGAGGGUCUUGGAGGUCUUCUUUAUCCCCAUGGAUCCGCGCCGCAAGCCAGAGCAGCACCGGCUCGUGGUCCCCAAGAAAGGCAAGAUCUCGGAUCUGUGUGUGGCUCUGUCCAAACACACUGGCAUCUCGCCAGAGAGGAUGAUGGUGGCUGAUGUCUUCAGUCACCGCUUCUAUAAGCUCUAUCAGCUGGAGGAGCCUCUGAGCAGCAUCUUGGACCGCGAUGAUAUCUUCGUCUAUGAGGUGUCAGGUCGCAUUGAGGCCAUCGAGGGAUCGAGAGAGGACAUCGUGGUUCCUGUCUACCUGCGGGAGCGCACCCCUGCCCGUGACUACAACAAUUCCUACUAUGGCCUGAUGCUUUUUGGGCACCCCCUCCUGGUAUCAGUGCCCCGGGACCGCUUCACCUGGGAGGGCCUGUAUAACGUCCUGAUGUACCGGCUCUCACGCUACGUGUCUAAACCCAACUCAGAUGAUGAGGACGAUGGGGAUGAGAAAGAAGAUGACGAAGAGGAUAAAGACGACGUCCCUGGGCCCUCAACUGGGGGCAGCCUCCGAGACCCUGAGCCAGAGCAGGCUGGGCCCAGCUCUGGAGUCACGAACAGGUGCCCAUUCCUCCUGGACAAUUGCCUUGGCACAUCUCAGUGGCCCCCAAGGCGACGGCGCAAGCAGCUGUUCACCCUGCAGACGGUGAACUCCAAUGGGACCAGUGACCGCACAACCUCCCCUGAAGAAGUCCAUGCCCAGCCAUACAUUGCUAUUGACUGGGAGCCAGAGAUGAAGAAGCGUUACUAUGACGAGAUAGAGGCUGAGGGCUACGUGAAGCAUGACUGCGUUGGGUACGUGAUGAAGAAGGCUCCCGUGCGGCUGCAGGAGUGCAUUGAGCUCUUCACCACUGUGGAGACCCUGGAGAAGGAAAACCCCUGGUACUGCCCCUCCUGCAAGCAGCAUCAGCUGGCCACCAAGAAGCUGGACCUGUGGAUGCUGCCAGAGAUUCUCAUCAUCCACCUGAAACGCUUUUCCUACACCAAGUUCUCCCGAGAGAAGCUGGACACCCUCGUGGAGUUUCCUAUCCGGGACCUGGACUUCUCUGAGUUUGUCAUCCAGCCACAGAAUGAGUCGAAUCCGGAGCUGUACAAAUAUGACCUCAUCGCGGUUUCCAACCAUUAUGGGGGCAUGCGUGAUGGACACUACACAACAUUUGCCUGCAAUAAGGACAGCGGCCAGUGGCACUACUUUGAUGACAACAGCGUCUCCCCUGUGAAUGAGAAUCAGAUUGAGUCCAAGGCAGCCUAUGUCCUCUUCUACCAACGCCAGGAUGUGGCGCGACGCCUGCUGUCCCCGGCCGGCUCAUCUGGCGCCCCAGCCUCCCCUGCCUGCAACUCCCCACCCAGCUCUGAGUUCAUGGAUGUUAAUUGAGAGCCCUGGGUCCUGCCACAGACAAAAAAAAAAAAGCUCUCUCUGCAAUCUUGCUUUUCGUGUCCACCCCUCUUCUCUUAUUCGUGUUAGGUGCCCCCGCCAGACAUUGCAGGCUUAGUUGUGGCUACUGUUUUCCUGUGCCGCUGCAUCGCUCUCUCCCAGGAAAGAACAAGUCGUGUCUCCUCCUGGCAGUGCGCGCCCCGCCUGUGUUUGCCCUUCCAGCAGUUGACCCUCCCUUGUAGUCUUUAUUUAUGGUCGUGCCCUUCCCUCUCCUCAGCCCGGAGUGUUCUGCGUGGGUGGUGAUGGGGGUUCACCUGAACACAGAGUGUAUUUUCUUAUUGAGGCCCUGUACCUUCUGCUGUCUGUGUGUAUAUAUAAAGCGCCAGUCUGCUCCCCGCUCA